CUACUGCAGACUACUUUUCAGCGCAACAAAGCCGAGUCCACCUAUGGUGUCUGGCUUAAUCCUAUUACCCGACUGGCUCAGAUCUGCAGGGCAUACCACUUGUCUGGCCUAGAAGUAAUUCCUACAUGCGAUGACGUCCGCACCAGCAAUGCCUACAGUGACGGUAUCCCAACUUCAAUCAUCCAGCCCGUCUGUGCAAGUAAGCCAGAGGUUACAUGCAACAAGGCUCAAACGAGGCCGUCUUCAGUAACGAUCUAUUCAUCUCCGGUGUAUAAGCUUGUACCUUGUUCUGAUCCCUCGAUUGUUUCCGGCACCAAGCCUGAAUUUUUAUAUCAGGUAUUUAUCUCAUUAAUCAAGAACUAUCUUUAUUGA